GCAUGCUUCAUGUGGUAGAGAGGAACUGUUUUAACGGGAUCAAGUGUGUUCGAAUGCAUGAUCUUGUGCGCGAAUUAGCCAUUUUCCAAUCAAAGAGAGAGAGAGUUUCGGUACAACUUAUGAUGAGAUGCAGGUGGAGUGAGAUUCCAGUCGCAUGUCAGUGCUCCAAUGCAAGGAUGGCAUGCAAUCAAGCAUAUGUCAAUUCAGACUUCGCACUUUCGUAGAAUUUAGUACCAAUAUGUAAGCAUUUCCAUGGUUUUUCUUACAGUCGAAGUACCUUGCUGUGCUGGAGCUGUCACGCUUACCUAUUGAGACUGUUCCAAAUUCAAUUGGGGGGCUAUUCAAUCUUAGGUAUCUGGGCGUCGACAAAACCAAUGUGAAGAUACUCCCAAAAUCUGUUGUGAACCUUCACAACUUAGAAACAUUGAGUCUUCAAGGUGCUGACUGUCUGAAUCUACCGCAAGGGUCUCAAAAGCUGAAGAGGGUGCGGCACAUUCUUAUUUACAAAUUGAUGGAUAAAGCAUUUUCGAUUUUUGAAAGUUAUGCAUCUAUGAAGCCUUUUGAGCGAUUGUGGAGUUUGAAAGACUUGCAAACUCUGGAUUCAGUUCGUGCUAGUAAAGUUUUCAUUGCUAAACUUGGAAAUUUAUCUCAACUGAUGUCCCUUUGCAUCACUGGGGUAAGGAGCAUCUACUGUGCACAGUUGUGUGACUCUUUAUCAAAGAUGCACCAGCUCUCAACAUUAGAAAUAAUAGGCAGCAAUGAAGAUGAGGUGUUGGAGCUUGAAGCUUUAACAUUGUCAAAUCGUCUUAAAGAGCUCAGUUUCUCAGGGCGUAUUUCCGAAGGAACUUUAAAAUCCUUAUUUUUCUCAACCAACGGGGGUGCACUUCACAAUAUAUCUCUAUUUUGGUCAUAGCUCUCUGAGAACCCAAUACCACGCCUCUCUGAAUUGUCAAAUUUAACCCAAAUAGGUCUUACAAGGGCAUAUACUGGACAGGAGCUAAACUUCCAUCCAUAGUGGUUCCCAAGUGUGAAGAUUAUUGCCUUGUGUGAUAUGCCCCAUGUUAAUCAAAUAUGCAUACACGAGGGAGCAUUGGUCCACCUUGAAGAACUUGUGAUCAGUGGCCUUAUCGAAAUGCAGGACAUCCCUACUGGCCUGGAGUAUCUUAAAUCCCUCAAACAUGCGGUGUUUUAUGACAUGCAUCCUGAUUUCGUAAGAAAUCUUCAAGCGGCAAAGGUAGAUCAUAUCCCAAGAGUCCACUACAAUAUACGAUCUGAUUUGGCAUGAACCUUUCUUGCGUGGAUGGUUACAGUUAUUGUCGUUAAUAAGAGAGCUAUAAAUCUCCGUCGAGCAAUGGUGAUUUACGAGAUAACUGUCAUUAUUAUUUCUGUUAUCAUUUCUGCUUUAUUUAAACAAGAACUGGUUUGUAAUAAUUCAUGGGAAUGAUUUAUAUUGCUACUCUACCAUCUUGGUUUUACAUUACAUAGUGAUUCGUGUAAUUAUGGUGAAAACAACAUGUACCUGGUGAACACAUGUUUAAGAGAAAAAUCCUCAACUCCCACUGAAUGGUUUUCUGGGAGCUAAAUGCUUUAUGACAUGGAAGUAUGCAAUACCCAUUACAUUCCUACAGUUAAUGUAUCUGGUCCUGAUCCUGAACACACAAGAUGCGGUUGUUGGACAAGGAUGUAGACAAGGAGAAGUAGACAAGGACACGACCAACCGUAGAGCCUUUUCUCAAACUUAAGUGUGGAGGUUUGGUUCUUGGAGUUGCUGGGGCCUGGGGGUAAUUGUUUAGCCCUAAUCAUGGAGUAACAAUAGUAUAUUAAGGCUGCUAUACUGCAACUUGGAGUUGUUUUCUGACGGACCAACCAGGAGUUGUUGGAUGAUGUAUCAUCGCCAAUGAUGGAUUAUAUCAACUUAGCUCUGAGGUAGCUAGAGUCUUCCUGCUCUAGUUUCGCUCGUACUGCUAGUUGCUGCAGACUCACGCCCAGCUCGGAGACAUCUCUCCUAUCUUUGGCUCAGAAAGGAAGAAGCUCCAGAUUAGAGUCCAAACCUGCAUGGCGGUGACGAAGGCAGCUCCACCAGCUUAGUACAGAAAUAUUGAGGUCAAACUGCAGGAAGAGAAAUGGCAGAGGCUGCUCUUCUUCUUGUCACAACAAAGAUUGGAAUAGCUGUGGGAGUAGAAAUGCUUCACUACGCUAGGUCUGUUGCAAAACUCUCUGAGAACAUGACACUGAUAAGGAAUGACCAAGAGCUUAUUCGAGCAUUUCUCAAGGAGAUUGGAAGGAAAGCUUCGACAGAUGGAGUCACCGAAACAUGGACAGGGCAAGUCCGAAGAUUGGCGUAUGAUAUGGAAGACAUUGUGGAUCAAUUUGUGUAUAUUGUUGGCAAACAGCAUCAGAAAGGAUCAUGGUGGAGUAGUGUGAAGAAAAUCUUGAAGAAACCCCAGUAUCUGUUUACACUAGGUGAAAUCGCUACUGGCCUUGAGAAAAUAAACCGAGCCCUUACACAUCUUAAAGAAAACAGAGAUUGGAUUCAACCAAUAACUGGUGUGGGCGAUAUUUUUGCAACAAAUUAUGACAGCCAACAGCAACUUUAUCUUCCUGGACAUGAUUACUCAAUCUCUGAUGAUGAACUUGUGGGAUUUGAUAAAAAUAGAAAACUAUUGAUGGGGUCACUGAAUUUGGAAAAUUGUCUAAAUCUGCAAAUCAUUGCCUUGUGGGGUAUGGGUGGUAUCGGGAAAAGCACUCUUGUCAGUAAUGUGUUCCGAUAUGAAGCAUCCAACUUUGAAUGCCGUGUAUGGGUUUCCGUCUCUCAGUCCUAUAAACUAGAUGAUAUUUGGAGAAGAAUGCUGAAAGAAAUCUAUCCUAAAGACAAGAAAGAAUUUGAUGCUGAGAAGAUGACUUGUGCAGAGCUACAAGAUGAACUGAAAGCAAUCCUGAAAACAAAGCGAUACUUGAUCAUACUGGAUGAUAUCUGGACAGCUGAAGACUUUAGAAAAAUUACAGAGGUUCUUGUCGAUGCAAAAAUGGGAAGCAGAAUAAUAAUGACGACAAGAUCUGAAGAAGUUGCUUCAAUAGCUCCUGAUGGUUGCAGGAUCAAAGUGGUGCCUCUUGAGGAGGAGGAUGCAUGGCGUCUUUUUUGCAGGAAGGCAUUUCCAAGCACUGGAAAUCACAUCUGCCCAUUAGCAUUACAAGAGUGUGGUAAAUUGAUAGUGGGGAGGUGUGAUGGUUUACCAUUAGCUCUUGUGGCCAUAGGGAGCUUAUUGUCUCUUAAGACGCAGAAUGUUACAGAGUGGAAACUAUUUGACGCACAACUUAUUUCCGAGCUACACAAAAAUGACAACCUAAGUCGCGUGGAGAAAAUUCUGAAUCUAAGCUACAAAUACUUGCCUGACUAUUUGAAGAGUUGUUUCUUGUAUUGUGCCAUGUUCCCAGAAGACCACUUGAUCCAUAGAAAAAGACUGAUCAGACUAUGGGUCGCUGAAGGGUUUGUUGAACAAAUUGGAAAUUGCAGUUUAGAAGAUGUUGCUGAAGGUUACCUGACACAGCUCGUUCAACGAAGCAUGCUUCAUGUGGUAGAGAGGAACAGUUUUAACAGGAUCAGGUGUCUUCGAAUGCAUGAUCUUGUACGUGAAUUAGCCAUUUACCAAUCUAACAGAGAGAGUUUCAGUACGACUUAUGAUGAUAGUCAUGGGGUGAUGCAUGUGGAGUCGGGUUCUCGUCGUAUGUCGGUGCUCCAAUGCAAAAAUGGCAUCCGACCAAGUACUGGUCAAUGCAGGCUUCGUACCUUCAUAGCAUUUAGCACCAGCAAUGCAUCAUCUUCAUUGUUUCCCUCAGAAUCUAAAUACCUUGCUGUGCUGGAGCUAUCAGGAUUACCUAUUGAGACUGUUCCAAAUUCAAUUGGGGAGUUAUUCAACCUUAAGUAUUUGGGCCUCAACAAUACCAAUGUGAAGAUACUCCCAAAAUCAGUCACGAAGCUUCACAACUUAGAAACACUGAGCCUUAGAGAUACAGAUUGUUUGUCUCUACCUCGAGGGUCAGAAAAGCUGAAGAGAGUUCGGCACAUUAUAAUUCUUAAACUUCUGGACAAAACAUAUGCGAGUUUCAAAUGCUUUGAACCUAUGGAGCCUUUGGAGGGAUUGUGGAAUUUGAAGGACCUGCAAACUCUGGGUGCAGUUCGAGCUAGCAAAAUUUUUGUUUCAAAACUAGCAAGUUUAUCUCAGCUGAGGAUCCUUAACAUUGUUGGGGUAAGGAGCAGCCACUGUGCAUAACUGUGUGACUCUUUAUCAAAAAUAGACCAGCUCUCGGCAUUAGAAAUAACAGCCAGCGAUGAAGAUGAGGUGCUCCAGCUUGAAACUUUGACAUUGUCAAACCGCCUUAGAAAGCUCACUUUAUCAGGGCGGAUUUCAAAAGGAACAUUGAAAUCUCCAUUUUUCUCAAGCAACGGAGAUGUCCUUCACAAAAUAUUUCUACGUUGGUCCCAGCUCUCAGAGAACCCAGUGCCGCGCCUCUCUGAGUUGUCAAACUUGACCGAAAUAGUUCUAAGCAAAGCGUAUACUGGACAGGAGAUAAACUUCCAGCCAGUGUGGUUCCCAAAUGUGAAGAUUCUUUUCUUGUUGAAUUUGCCACAUGUCAACCAAAUAUGCAUACACGAGGGAGCUUUGGUCCGCCUUGAAGAACUUGUGAUCCGUGACCUUGUUGAACUGCGGGACAUCCCUACCGGCCUGGAACAUCUGGAAUCCCUCAAAGCGGCGCGCUUUUUUGAGAUGAACCCUGAUUUUGUAAGAAAUUUUCCAGCGGCAACACUAGAGCAUGUUCCGGAAGUUUACUGCACCAUAUGAUCCGGAGAGGCAUGAGUCUUUCUUGCGUGGAUGGGGUUUGCAGUUAGUUAUUGCCAUCAAUGUGGGAGCUAUGUAUCUCUGUUGAAGAAUGGCGAUUCAUGAGACAACUGUCAUUCUUCUUGCUAUUAUUAUCUCUGCUUAUUUAAACACGAACUGGUUUGUAAUAACGUAUGGGAAUGAUCUGUAUUACUGCUAUCCCAUCUUGGUUUUAUACACCAUCUAAGUUUAUAGUGGCGCUAAGCUACUGCGCGAGAUAACUAUUAUGUAUUUUUACACAGUGAUCCAUGUAAUAAUGUUGAAAACUUCAGCUACUUGCUCGACACGUAUUUAAGAGAAAACAAACCUUAUUUGCCCCA